GCCACCAGGGGUCGCGGAUCACCAGGAAGUGAGAGCUGAGCUCCCCAGCCCGGGGAGACAUGGCGUGCGGGGGUCUCGUCCCCUCACAGCCGCUGCUCACGGUGCUGGUGUCGGCCCGGGCCUGGCUGGAGGAAGCGGGGAGCGUCCGGGACACCGUGAAUCUACAGCUGAGUGUGGAUCCCGAGAGAGCCGGGGAUUUCCGCCUGUCCGUGCGGAGGAGCCAGGCGGCGGCGGCGGCCCGGGGCCCGGCAGGACUGAUAAUUGGGGACUUCCAGCUGCGGGACGUCCUGUACGACAUGCAGACCCCCCGAUGCCACCAGCUCACCGUCCUGGGGCGGCCCCCCCGCAUCAUGACGUUUCAAUUCGACGAUGAACAGGAAGCGCAGAAAUGGUGGACGGUGGUGAGCAGCUCCGUGCGGGAAGCCAGGAGAGUUGCGCAGCCUCACGUGGAUGUUCUGGGAUCGAAGCCCCCGCUCGCGAACAAGCCCCGCCUCCUACCAGACGUCAUUGGGUUUAAAUCCCCAACUACAGAAGACGAACCACUAAAAGGGCCGACAGAUCUGUGCACAAAAGAGGAUUUGGCGGUGCGGCUCGGCAGGUGUAUUGAAGCCGGGGAUCAGGUGUUGGCGGCACAGUACGCCUCGGAGCUUGCUAAGCAGAAGGUUCCGGUUCAGCUCCAGCUUAAGCCUCUCUGCUACCCAAAGAAUGAGAUCUGCAUGAAGGUCGGGGUGGAGGACGCCUCGGCGUCUGUUAACAUCUCCACGUACGUGAACGCUCACACUACAAUCGCCCUUCUGAAGCAGCAGAUUCUUCGUGAGUACCAGUUCCAUCCCAGCAUCCAGCGCUGGAUUAUCGGCCAGUGUCUCUGCUCCGACGACCGCACAGUUGGCUCUUACGGCAUUAGGAAAGACGGAGAUACCGCGUUCCUUUACCUGCUGGGGGCUAAGCAGGCGAAACUGACUCCGCAAGAUCAGUGUGCCAGCAGCAUCUUCCAGCCCUUCCCCCUGCUGCCCGCCUCCGCCUGGGACGAGCGCGCCAAGUGUAACACUGUGCCUGCUAGGCCGAGUGUGAAGAAUGGCGUUUCACAAGUUUUCCAGCCAGAGAAGAUGGAGCAGCCACCUAACAACUUGGGCCUGGCAUUACAGUUUUUAAACCAAAAGCACCAGAUUCCACCGGUGCCCCCUUCUCCCGCACAGCCCGGUUGGUCAUGUCCCCAGUGCACCUUCAUAAAUAAACCCACCCGCCCCGGCUGUGAGAUGUGCAGCGCUGACCGCCCGACGGACUACGUGGUGCCAGAGGAGUAUAAGCCAGAUGAGAUUGAGCGCCGCAGGCUGCAGCUGGAGAAGGACAGCUUUCAGCAGUACAACAAAGCUCUGGAGGAGGAGCGGCAGCAGAAUUUCCUGCAUAUCCUACAACUGGACAAUGAGGUUCUCAUCCCCAACCAGGAGCCCAUAGAAUGCCGAAUCUGCUACUCCGAUGUCCCAGCGGGAGGUGGGGUUCUCCUGAGGGAGUGUCUCCAUAGUUUCUGUAGAGAAUGUCUCAGACAAGUGGUGAACUGCUGUGAGGAUCCUGAGGUGUCCUGCCCUUUCCGGGAUGAGACAUACGCCUGUGACCGAAAGCUGCAGGAGAGAGAGGUCCGAGCGUUGGUGUCAGCGGGCGAGUACACCCGCUUCCUGGAGCGCGGCCUGGUGGUGGCGGAGAGCAGAAGCCAGAACAGUUACCAUUGCCGGUCUGCGGACUGUAAAGGAUGGUGCAUCUACGAAGACUCGGUCAAUGAGUUCAUCUGUCCUAUUUGUGACGCUCAGAAUUGCCUGAUCUGCAAGGCCAUACACGAUGGGAUGAACUGCAAAGAAUACCAGGAUGAUCUGCGCAUCCGCGCUCAAAAUGACACAGCCGCUAAACAGACCAGCGACAUGCUGAAGACCCUGGUGCAGAUGGGGGAGGCCAUGUACUGUCCAGCGUGUAGGAUUAUUGUCCAGAAGAAGGACGGCUGCGACUGGAUCCGCUGUACCAUGUGUCAGACCGAGAUAUGCUGGGUCACCAAGGGCCCUCGCUGGGGGCCACAGGGCCCCGGGGACACGUCUGGGGGAUGUCAGUGCAACAUGAACGGAAGGAAAUGUGAUCCAAGAUGUCAGAAUUGUCACUGAUCAUUAGCAAGGCGACAGAGACGCUGCUCAUCCGUUAUAUCCAAGGAUCUGCCUCAUCGCCGCCUCUGUGCCUCGCGCCUCGUUGAUGUAACGCCAAUGGUAAUCCUGGAUGGAAAGAAGCGACUGCUGACGAGGUGCUCUCCGUAACCGAAAGAUGCAAUGACGCCUCCUCACGACAGGAGGCGCCACUCGCUCCUACAUUUCACAGACCCUGAUACGCACUGCGCGCAGGGGGCGGAGACGCCCGUGGUUUUUGUACAGAAGAUCUGAUUUUUUUUUUUUGUCUACUUUUUUAUUUCACAUUUAAAGGGAAACUCCACUUAUAGUUGUUAUCACAGAAGGUCACGUGACAGCGGGUCCUUGAGCCGGGGACUCUAUAAAUGAAGACGCCCUGCCGCUCCCUUGAUUUCUACCGUUUUCCUCUUCAGUAGAUUCAGGCGACUUUGUGUGACAGUACGGUCGAUCCGAUCUGAAAAUAUAAAAUCCACCCCGACCCCCAUGUAUGUAAGGCCAGCAGAACCGGCCAGUUCACUCCUUCCUCUUCCUCAAGGCUCCUGCAUCUAAAGGGAAAGCAUAGGGGCAAUCUGCCUAACAGCCAGCAGAAUUGUGACUGCAGCUUUGGGUGUGACUGCAGUAGAAGACAUGAUUU